AUGGCAGACGCAGAGCCCGCUCGUAACAUGACUCCAGUCCCGGAAAUUUUCGAUGUCCCGACAGCGGCGAUAACGGACGAGCCAGAGCCGAAUAAGGAAGCGACAUCUGUCGCUGAACACAAUGACACAAUGGAACAGGGAGGCGCCAUGGACACGUCCAUGGACGAUGUCGAUGGCGAUGACACCCCCGGCAAGGAGACGCAGCCGACAUCUCGGAAGACGAGGACGCAGACGAACCCCAGGGAAGAUCUGGGGAACGCCUGGCGCUCAGUCGCGAGGAUGUAUAACCAGUACUGGUAUCUGCAAGGACGCACUGUCCUCGUGGAAACCGAAGAGGUCAAAGACCACAGUGGGUGGUCUCCGUCUCCCACCUGCGCCCCGGCGCCCUCGCGGCCUUCUCCGCCGCUUUUCAGAACCCAGAACGCAGUUCUCAAGCACUUUGGCAACGUCACGCACCAGCACCACAAGGCCAUCGAAUUCCGGGUUGCAAUAGUUCGCAGGUUCCGGGAGGAGCCCAACCUCAUUACAAUGCCACUACACAGCGAGGAAAACAAGAAGGCUUUCACUAAUCGAGUGACUGCGUGGAGGUUGUGGGCCCCAAGGUCACGCCCCUGCGCGAUCUAA